CGGACAAAAUUCAAAAAUAUCACAAGCAAGCUUUGUUGUUCAUUAUAAAAAUGAAAUAGGUGAUUCCCCUUUUAAAAUGUAUGCACACAUUCAAACCCUGUGUUUUAAAUUAAGAGUAGUUUUUAAUUCAGUUUGUUAAGUCAGUUGCAUGCGAAUGGUUGCGUUCAAAGUUCGUAAUAAUAUGGCGCCGAAAAAGAAGGUUCAAUAUUGGCAAAACGGCUCUGAAGGCGGCUCUGAAAUAGUCAAGAUGUGUUUUAAUUGUUUCGCUAAGGCUAGAAGUCAAAACAUUCCGAUUUCUGGUCCCAUUUUGAAAGCAAAGGCAAUGGAAAUUGCAGGCAAACUGGGUGUACCUAAUUUUAAUGCUUCAGAUGGAUGGUUAAACAAAUGGCGAAUAAGGAAUAAUGUUGCUUUCAAAUGCGUAUAUGGUGAAGCUGCAGAUGUAAACCAGGAUGGUGUCGAACAGUUUAGGACAAAACUGCCAUCUCUGUUGACCGGUUACAAGCCUCAAGACAUUUACAACGCAGACGAAAGUGGGCUUUUUUUCGUGCCUUACCUGACAAAACCCUCGCUCUUAAAUCGGAAAAAUGCGUGGGCGGUUAAUACUAAGGAAUGCAAAUAUUCUUUACUUCCAAAAAUUUCUUUGUGUGGUAUAUAUUUUGUGACUUCAUCCCUUAUAAGCGGACAUCUCCCAUAGCCGGACAAAAACACUGCGACGGUGAGUGUCCGGUUAUAAG